AAAUUAUCCAUAUCUAACAUAUUACUCAUACGAAUUUUGCCGUCAGACAUGAUCGCCAUAAUAAAAAUUGUUAAUAAAAAAUCAAAUCAUUCUCUUCGACAACUUAUAUCUACUGAUCAGCUGAUCUGUCAAAACAACAAAUCAGCUGGAUGGAUUUAAUGGCUUUUGUCCCCCAUUUUACGGAAGUGCCAAUUUUGGAGCAUGUUCCAGUUACAGAGCACAUCUGUGAACAACCGAAAGAAGAAGAUGAGAUAAUGGCUAUCAGAAAAGGAAACCGGAUUUUGGAUAAGUUGAGUCGUUGGUUUAUGAGACAACGUGUUUUAUAUAAAAAGCAUCCUUUAACUCGCUGGUGUGUCAAAAGUACAACUGCAGUUAAUUAUGAAAUUUCGAGACACCUCAAAUCACAUCCUUACAUGAUACAUCCUUUUAGUUUAUUCAGAAUUUUUUGGGAUUCAAUAAUGAUUAUAUUCACAUUUGUGGCUCUUUUGAUCACUCCAAUAAUUAUCACAUUUCACUUUGAUAAACUCUUUACCUAUUUUGUGAUUAACGACAUAAUAAAUAUAGUAUUUUUAUGUGAUAUUAUCAUGUGGUUCUUCACGGGUUAUUAUGAUUAUCAAACGAAGCUUACUGUUCUUGAUCCUAUGAUUGUAGCACGGAAAUAUUUGCAGAGUUAUUUCCUAAUAGAUUUUUUGCCCAUAUUACCUAUAGGAAUCUUCAUUUUUAUUCUACCUAACUCAAUAUGGUAUUGUGCUACAUUAAAUAUGAUGAAAUUAUUAAGAAUUCGCAAUAUUCUUGCUUGUUCUAAAAGACUUCGCGACGUAUAUAGAAUAUAUUUUCAAUUGCAUAAAAUUUUGGAAACAUGUGUAGUUAUUAUAAUAUGUAUUCACUGGGCUGCUUGUUUAGAAUAUUAUGUUCCUCUAUCUGUAUAUGUUUUAAGCACUUUAAGUAAUGAAUCUUGGAUCAAUUCAUCAUAUUUUCAAAACAGGGAAACAACAGCAAAGAAAUAUCUAGUGUGUUUGCAUCGUUCACUUAUCGCUUUUUCUCGUUCUUGCCAUUUUUUAGAUAUGAAAACGAAAGAAGAUAUUAUAUUAAAUAUGAUCUUAAUGAUAGUUGGAUGUUUUGGUGCCAUAUUUUUAUUAACGCAAUUCUCGCAAUUAAUAACAACAUUUCAUAUAACAAUUAAACAUAAUUUGAAACUGAUAGCACAGUUGUUAGAAUAUAUGCGAUACAAAGAGCUUCCAUCUUCUUUACAACUUCGUUUAUUAACAUUUUAUCAUUAUCGUAAUAAAAAAGCUUUCGAAAGAAAUCAGAGAAUCAUAGAGGAAGUUUCACCUUAUUUACGGGAGGAAAUCGUUUUGCAUAAUUACUUGAAAUUUGUUAAAAGCGUAGAAUUAUUCAAACAUCUACCAAAAAAUAUAAUAGUACAAUUAACAGGUGCGUUACAUUCCGAAAUCUAUAUAGCCGGUGAUGAAAUCGUUAAAGCUGGCACCAAUGGCGAAGCUUUGUAUUUCAUUUCUUCUGGAACAGUAGCCGUUUACAAUUCUGCAGGAAAAGAAAUUUGUCAUUUGGAAGAUGAAAGUUUCGGUGAAAUUGCCUUGGUAAUGGAUACCGAGCACAGAAUAGCAACUAUAGUCGCAGUGGAAACUUGUGAAAUAUAUGUGUUAUAUCGCCACGAUUUCCGGAGAUUUAUAGCACCAUAUCCUGAUCUCUUAAACCGUUUGCAAAAUAUUGCUCUUGACAAUUUGAAUCAAAGUCUUCUUGUAGAUUCAGAGAAUUUAGAAAUCUUUUACACACCGCAAUAUGUUAAUAUAAGUACUAUACAACAAUAAACGGAAGCUCUAGAAGUAGAAGUAUGCUGAACAAGAGUAAAUAUAGCUGGCGCGACUCCACCUUUUGAACCAUCAAUAUGGAUAUUAUUUAUAGUUGCAUAUUGAUCAUUUCAUUGGAAUAAUGCCAUUCCCCUUCCACUGCAAAAACCUUGACAUAAAAUAUUAGAGCGCGUCUUUAAAUAUUUCUGAACGCAUGGCAGUUGCACAUAAUAUGUGAAUCUUAAAUCAUUUUUUUUUACCAUUUCUUAUUAAAUUAAAUGAUAAAUAUACUAACGAAAACUUAAUGAAAUAAAUAUUAAGUAUAUAAGAAAUUCAUAAUAGAUUUUAUAAGAGAAUAUUAAAUAAAAAAAAAAAUUUUUGAAAAAGAAAGUGACUUUUACUUUUACUACUUUUGUAAUAAAGUGGACUGACAUAAUCUAAAAAAAUAUUAUGCUAUUAAAAAUAUUGUGCUACUAAAUGAUUAAUUUCAACAAAUGUAGUCUACAGAAAAAUGGUAAAUCCAAGAAAAACAUGAAUCAUAUAAUUCUCAUUGAAUUGCAAUGUUGCAUUCUAUUAAAACCUUUCAGUUAAGUAAAUUGGUUUCAGUUAAUGUUAAACGUUAUUGUUAAUCACAGUUAUUUUACAAUCGUAAAAUAUAUUAUAAUAUAAUAUAAGAUAAAUAAAUACAAAGAAAUACACAUAAAAUAUAAAAAAUGUGGUGUAUUGUUAAGAUUCAUUGUGUUAAAAUUCAAUAAAAGUGGAUAAUAUAAAUUUUUUUCUUCUAUAUAUUAAAGGAAUGAACA